GUCAUUGUCAACAUGGCAGCCUACAGAGUACUACUGGAUUAUCGUACAGCUUAGUGAUUUGUCUUUAUCAAACGAGCUAUUUGUCCCUGAAACAAACAUAAAAUAUGUUUCAGCUUCUGUGUUGUAGAGCGUCCAUCAGCUCUCCACCGCGGUCGUUGUCGUUUUACUCACGAUGCGGUAAAAUAGGAGACAAAUGGAGACUGUCACGGUGUUAUACAUCUCCAGUGUCUCAUGUGCACAGCUCACAGACGCCUGGCAGUGCUGUCAGUCGCAUCUGGAGCUUCACUCUCAGAGUCAUUCGCCAGUCCUCCACCCGGACAUCCAAACCACCAAGUCUGAAGUUCAUCCUGGGACCAGCGGUCCUCACUGUCUCAGCACGCCUAUAUUACCAAGUAGCCCACUGUGAGGCUGACGUUAAUAACAACACUCCAGUGCAAAUUGUAGCCAAAGACCAUAAGCCUGAGUUCAAAUGGCACAUCCUGUGGGAAUUUGUCAAACCUCAGCUUUUUGCUCUCAUCUGCGCUGUUGUGCUUGCUUUUGGUGCCGCAAUCUUAAACAUUCAAAUCCCGUUGAUGCUUGGAGAUCUAGUGAACAUUGUGGCACGCUACCUGAGAGACCAUACCGGGAAUUAUCUCAGUGAGAUAACAGGUCCUGGGCUGAAGUUACUUGGAUUCUACGCUAUCCAAGGUCUGCUUACAAGUGGCUACAUCAUCCUACUUUCGAGGGUGGGGGAAAGAGUGGCAGCGGACAUGAGGAAGACUCUGUUUGCAUCCCUAAUGAGGCAAGAUGUGGCUUUUUUUGAUGCCAAUAAAACCGGGCAACUUGUAAAUCGUUUGACUGCAGACAUUCAAGAGUUCAAGUCAUCCUUCAAAUUGGUUAUUUCUCAGGGUCUACGGAGUAUCACCCAGACGAUCGGGUGUUUUGUGUCACUCUACAUCAUCUCCCCAAAACUCACGGGUUUGACAGUGGUGGUCCUCCCGUGUCUAGUGGGAGCAGGAGCUUUGAUAGGUUCAUUCCUGCGCAAACUAUCCCGUUUGGCUCAAGAGCAGGUUGCAAAGGCAACAGGAGUGGCAGAUGAGGCGCUGGGUAAUGUGCGGACAGUGAAAGCGUUUGCAAUGGAGGAACGUGAGCUCCAACUAUAUGCAUAUGAGGUUGACAAAUCGUGUGAAAUUAAUGAGAAACUCGGUGCUGGUAUAGCCAUUUUCCAGGGACUGUCUAACGUGGCCCUGAACUGCAUUGUUCUCGGAACUAUUUUUGCUGGAGGGACGUUAAUUUCAAGAAAUGAAUUGUCUCCUGGAGACCUCAUGUCUUUCCUGGUUGCAUCUCAGACAGUCCAGAGAUCUUUGGCUAGCAUAUCUAUCCUUUUUGGACAGGUGGUGAGAGGAUUAAGUUCUGGGGCCCGGGUCUUUGAAUACCUUUCUCUGCAUCCUACCAUUCCCCUCUCAGGGGGGGGACGAAUCCCAUACCAUUCUCUGAUGGGAAGAGUGGACUUCAUGGACAUUUCGUUCAGAUAUCCAACAAGACCGGGCCAUGAAGUCCUGAAGACGUUCAACUUAACCCUGCCACCUUCAAAAACUGUUGCCAUCGUUGGAGCAUCUGGAGGAGGAAAGUCCACAGUGGCAUCUUUGUUGGAGCGUUUCUAUGACCCGACUAGUGGUGUAAUCAUGUUGGAUGGACUCGAUAUCCGAACCUUGGACCUGUCCUGGCUCAGGGGGCAGGUCAUUGGAUUCAUCAAUCAGGAGCCAGUUCUGUUUGGAUCAUCCAUCAUGGAGAACAUCCGCUUUGGGAAGCCAGGCGCCACAGAUGCUGAAGUCAUUAACGCAGCAAAGCAAGCCAAUGCUCACCACUUCAUUACUAGCUUCCCAGAUGGCUAUAACACCACGGUUGGUGAGCGAGGUGUGACAAUAUCAGGUGGCCAGAAACAGCGCAUCGCCAUCGCCCGCGCCUUGAUCAAGAACCCCAGCAUCCUGGUACUGGACGAAGCCACCAGCGCUCUGGAUGCUGAAUCAGAACGAGUGGUACAGGAAGCUCUGGACAGGGCCACAAGGGGUCGCACUGUGCUCAUCAUCGCCCACAGACUGAGCACAAUCCAAGGGGCCGACCUUAUCUGCGUCAUGAGCAAUGGCCGCAUCGUGGAGGCUGGGACACACUUGGAAUUGCUGAGCAAAGGGGGGCUAUAUUCUGACCUGAUCCGCAGGCAAAGAACUGAAGGACAGAAAUAAACACAUUUUGAGCAGAUUAACCAUGAAUAACUGAUUUUUUUCUGAUGAAUUAUGAUCAUGCGUUCACAGCUCUAUGUUUAGUUGCUCAGUAGAAAUUACUUAUUUGUCUCCAGUGUGGGUUUGUAUAAAUGGACCAACUGGAUCAACCUGUGAUGAUUACACACUACACUGCUGUACAGUCUUUUACUGAAACAGAAACGUAAUAACUCAGUUUCUUUUACCUGUACAAAAUGACAAAUUGUAAUUUGUUAGAAAAAAAAGGAUUAAAAUCAGUUUUGGCUGGAAAUUUGAUUUUCUUUUUUUUUUUAUCACAAUAUACUUUUUGGUGGGAAAGAACUGUUAUUAUUGUCUAAAUUUCAUAACUAUCCUUCUUGUUAAG